CCAAGAGUCACUUAUCGACCCACGGCACACGUGCGAAUCCCAGCCGACUCGCACGCCCACGCACUCACCGGCGCCGAGCGAGGCGCCCACCCGUCAAGAGGAAAGCCCCAGAAGGUGGGAGCGAGCCGGCGAGCGAUGAAGCCCAUACCGAUUUUAAAGCCAAUGCCCUUACUCCCGCUAGGUAUUCCCCGCUGCUACUGCUUUCCGCCCUCCUUGCUCCGCCGGUGUUCUCUCUCCGGCUUCUUAUUCUCUUCCGCCUCUUCUCCCUUCCCGUCUCUUCCCCCUUCGUGUUCCUCCUUUGAGAAGCUCCUGAGGCCCUGCCCGGGGUUCUACUCUCUCCCAAGAAUGGAGCACUUCUGGACUAGAGGAUCAGCUGAUAAAAACAAUGUUUUGGUGGAGCAAUUGAAGCAAUAUGGUGUAAUCAAAACAAAGAAAGUGGCCGAAGUAAUGGAGACCAUUGACAGGGGAUUAUUUGUACCUGAUGGCAACUCAGCUUAUAUUGAUAGCCCUAUGCCAAUUGGCUACAAUGCAACUAUAUCUGCUCCUCAUAUGCAUGGAACUUGUCUGGAGCUAUUGAAGGAGCACCUCCAACCAGGCAUGCAUGCUUUAGAUGUUGGUUCAGGGACUGGGUACUUGACAGCAUGCUUUGCAAUGAUGGUUGGACCGCAAGGCCGUGCUGUGGGUGUUGAACACAUUCCAGAACUGGUUGCUUCUUCCAUUGAGAAUGUUAAAAGAAGUGCUGCAUCAUCAUUGCUGAAUGGAGGUUCCCUUUCUCUGCAUGUUGCUGAUGGACGGCAAGGUUGGCCGGAACAGGCACCCUAUGAUGCCAUUCAUGUGGGUGCAGCUGCUGAAAAGAUUCCUCAACCAUUGCUUGACCAGUUGAAACCUGGUGGAAGAAUGGUGAUUCCUGUGGGGAGCUUCUUCCAGGAUUUGCAGGUGGUUGAUAAGAAGUUGGAUGGCUCCAUCAGCAUUCGAAGUGAAACAUCCGUGCGCUAUGUCCCACUGACGAGCCGAGCAGCACAACUACAGGGCUUUUGAUGCACAAAGUCCCAUCAACUCACAGAAGCUGGUAAAAAAAAUAAUAAUAAUAAUGGGGAGAUGAGAUGCCAAUGCAAAGUAUAGUAUGUCUUUGUUGAGUCUUUUGUUGUAUGGUUCAGAGAGUUAUCUGCAGGUUUCAUUGUUUCCUCUCAUUCAUGUGAGUCUGUAAUUCUCUCCUUUUAUCUUGUCCUUGUAAAUGGUCUUGCUAUGUUUCACUGUUGGGUUUACUUCAUACAAUUGUGUUGUUAUGAUGCUUUGUUAAAUCUUUACCACCCUGCAUUCAUCAUGCUCUUGUUAAAAAACCUUCA